AUGAAUUUGGGUGCCUACCGAGUGAACACUUCCACUCUUCUUGCCGUGGUUCUCCUGGCUUGUCUCGUGGGCCAGUCUUCGGCAUCUCUGGGUGACCAUCUCCCUGAUUUUAGAGAAUGUGUCCAGGUUUGUAAAACCGAGAAUUGCAAUUCUGGAAACUCCGUGCUACCUCUGCACCACCGCUUGUUAUUAUGGACCUGCCCAGCUGAAUGCGACUAUACCUGUCAACAUGUCAUUACCGACCGUCGAGUCUCGCGUGACCCGCCAAUGCUACACCCGAUCGUUCAAUUCCAUGGCAAAUGGCCCUUCCGCCGCCUUCUGGGGAUGCAGGAGCCCUUCUCUGUGCUCUUCUCCUUCUUCAACUUCGCCGCCCACUGGAAUGGCAUGUCCCGGGUCCAGGAGAACAUCCCCGCAUGGCACUCACUUCGACCAUACUACAUGAUGUUUGGAUAUUUUGGAUUGGCUAGUUGGACAUUCAGUAUGCUUUUCCAUACCAGGGAUUUCCCUAUCACGGAGAAGCUAGAUUACUGGGGCGCUGGUGCCAGUGUCCUAUUCGGUCUCUAUCUGGCCGUGAUCCGGAUUCUGCGUCUAGACCUUGAACAACCGAAUUACCGACCCACCUUGCGUCGGCUGUGGACAGUUAUCUGUCUGCUGCUGUACACCAUGCAUGUCUGUUAUCUCACCUUCUGGUCCUGGGAUUACACUUACAAUAUGGCGGCCAACGUGGUGGUUGGUAUCAUCCAGAAUGUCCUAUGGACUGGGUUCAGUAUUUUCCGGUAUAACAAGUACCUUAAGUCCUGGACUGCCUGGCCUGGUAUGAUUGUGGCUUGGAUCAUCCUCGCCAUGAGCUUAGAGUUGCUCGACUUUGCACCUUGGCAUGGAUUGAUCGACGCGCAUAGCCUGUGGCAUCUGGGUACCGUGGUCCCCACAGCCUGGUGGUAUUCUUUCCUUAUCAAGGAUACGCAAGAUGACAUUGCCGGCCACAGACUCAAGGCGUAA